UCGAGAAUCGGACAUCGCUUGAGGAGAAUAGACGAGAGAGGUAAAGAAGAAAAAAGGAGGAGAACGGGAGAGGGUGCUGAAAUCUGAGGUAGGAACCUCAUCUGAAUGUGACAAGCACCUCUACUUGCAGAGAUACAGAAUAGAUUUCUUGAGUGCUUCCAUGGUGAUAUACACAGCUAGUGCUGAUUGGCUAAAACCUUGAUGAGGCUCUGAUUCUACACCAUGGCCCAGGAGGCUCUGUGGAAAUACCCACAAUCCUCAGAUCCCUGAUUUACAUUGGCAGCAACUCCGACUCAACGAGAAAACCUGUACAAGCCAUGAUGUCAGUCUGCGUGCCCUCGCCACGUAACCCCUCCCCCUCUGUGGACGUAGCCAAUCACAACGGGCCCUCUGCAACUCCACCCACUUCCCUCAGUCUGCGUUCCUCACACAAUCAACUGCUUAGUGGUGAUGUCAUUAAACAGGGCCAGGCCACGCCCCCAAAGUGCCGGAAGAAGUACGCACUCACAAGCAUUCAGAGCGCAAUGGGACUGGGCGAAGGCAUGACACCACCCUCGUCAUCUUCAGCGACAACUGCCAACCCUAAACUGGCCAAAAAUGGUGCGAAUCAGUUACGCAAAGCUACAGAGCGACAGGAUCACAACAAGAACACCACCGAAGAAGACGAAGAUGGAGACACAGCUGAAUCAGAAUCAGAGCUCAACAUCGAUGAUGAGUUGAGGAAUGUUGAGGAAUUAAGCCUCGACAGCGAGUCUAACGUUGACGAUGUUCACAGCGACUUUGACCUGAACAACGAGCUUGUUGACGAGGAAGUGAAUGAGUUAAUUGACGAGGACACUAAUGAAAAGGAUCUUGUGGAGAAUUGUGGAGACGACCUGCUCAUUCUGUCUGAGAAAACAGAGAUUGUUUCAGACAGGAAGUCACCUGAGGAGCUUAAGACCAAGGGUUACCUGGAGUCAUGCCUGGAUGACCAGUCAUAUGAACUGUCGGACACGCAGGAUGAGGAUGUCACAAAACCUUUGCUGGAGAAAGAGAAGAAUCCCUGUCCCUCGUCUCCAAGUAAACCGCACAGCCCUGAGGACACGCCCCUCCUGUCUGUCGGCUCUUCAUCUUCUUCUUCCUCACCGGAGACGAAAAAAGACAGACCACGGACGGGAGCCAAGACAGACCGGGCACUAAACCGCAUCCAGAACCUUCCACACAGUGACGAGGAGUCCAGCUGGACCACAUUGUCACAGGACAGUGCAUCACUGGGCUCACCAGAAGAGAGCGAUAUCUGGGGGGAGCAGUCAUUUCAGACAGACCCUGAUUUGCCUCCAGGAUGGAAGAUGAUGACAGACAUGGCUGGUAUUUAUUACUGGCACAUUCCAACGGGCACCACACAGUGGGAGAGACCCGCCCCAUGCCAUCCGGUGCCAACUGGACCCAGCCAUGCCAGCCGCAAACACUCCCUGGGCUCCCUGUCUCCCUCGCCCACUCCAGAUCACGAGUCGAUGUCUCAUGCCGACAUAUUUUUCGGAGCUUCGAGUCGUUCAGGCAGCACCACUUCCGACAGCUCAUGUGACCCCGCCCCCAUCCCAUCUUCUUCAUGUCUGGACCCUACCCCUAUCCUGUCCUCAAACACUUCCUCAUCCUCUGACGGCAAUGUUCCUUCCUGUGGAUUUGUCAACAGCUGCUACUUUCCCCGGUCCUCAUCCCUACAGAUAAUGCCAGGGAAGGAUAGACACUCUGAGGCACGCCAUCGGGAAGAGGACAAGAAACAGCCAUGGAGUGAUUUUGCUGUGGGAAAGAUUGAUAGUGAGAUCUGGAAGGAUCUACAGGCAGCCUCAGUAAACCCUGACCCCAGUCUGAAAGAGUUCGAAGGCGCAACUCUCCGCUACGCCUCCCUCAAGCUUCGAAACCCUGCUCCCGUUGAAGAGGAAGAUUCCAGCAGCAUUAACAGUGACCCUGAAGCCAAGUGUUUUGCUGUGCGCUCUCUUGGCUGGGUAGAGAUGGCUGAAGAGGACUUGGCUCCGGGUAAAAGCAGCGUCGCUGUUAACAACUGCAUUCGUCAACUGUCUUACUGCAAGAAUGACAUACGAGACACUGUGGGCAUCUGGGGAGAGGGGAAGGAUAUGUACCUCAUUCUGGAGAAUAACAUGCUGAAUCUGGUUGACCCAAUGGAUCGUUGCGUUCUGCACUCUCAGCCAAUCGCAAGCAUCCGCGUGUGGGGCGUCGGCCGCGAUAAUGGAAGGGAUUUUGCAUAUGUAGCCCGAGAUAAGGACACCCGGAUAUUAAAAUGUCAUGUGUUCCGCUGUGACACCCCUGCCAAAGCCAUCGCGACGAGUCUGCACGAAAUCUGCUCCAGGAUCAUGGCAGAGCGCAAGAAUGCCAAAGCUAUGGCUGGAGGAUCCCUACAGGACAGAACACAUGCUGGGCUCGAUGUCCCGCUACAAGCAGAGUUCCCCACACCAAAGACUGAACUGGUACAGAAAUUCCAGGUGUUAUAUGUUGGCAUGAUACCGGUUGACAGACCUAUAGGCAUGGACAUUCUCAAUGGUGCAAUAGACAGUUUGAUAACAUCAUCAAUUCGAGAUGACUGGAUCCCUGUGAUGUUGAAUGUAGCCGAUGCGACAGUCACAGUCAUCAAAGAAAAGGAGGAAGACGAGGUCCUAGUGGAGUGCCGUGUGCGUUUCCUGUCAUUUAUGGGAGUUGGGAAAGAUGUGCAUUCAUUUGCAUUCAUCAUGGACUCUGGGAACCAGCACUUUGAGUGUCAUGCGUUUUGGUGUGAUCCCAAUGCUGGCAGUGUAUCAGAGGCUGUUCAGGCAGCAUGCAUGUUGAGGUAUCAGAAGUGUUUGGUGGCACGCCCUCCUUCUCAGAAAGCCUGCUCACAAGCACCCCCUGCUGAUUCAGUCACUCGCCGCGUCUCCACCAGCGUCAAACGUGGAGUUCUUUCCCUCAUCGACACGCUCAAACAGAAGAGACCAGUCACUGAGCUCCCCCAGUGAUCUUACACACAAGCACGCAUUCUCACCAUCACGCUCUGCAUGCUAAUAGCUAUCAGAACGUCCUGUACAUAUCUGUCCAGUCACUUGAUGGAGACGAAGCAAAACUUGAUGAUUAAAAAUGUUGGAAAUUCUGAUAGAAGUAAUUAUCAAAUGAGCCGAUGCCAAGACAAAAUACACCCUUCACUCACACACCUAAUCCAAUAUCUACAAGCAUCUCUCUUCCGUCUCCCAUAUGUCAGUCAUGUGUAUAUCUGCAUGGGAAGCCACGCGUCUCCAGCAUGACUGUAACCAGCAGGCUUCGCCUAUCUAUAAGCACCACCCUAUCUGGACAAAGCCUGCUCAAAGAGAUCAUUUGUUUAAUUUGAAAAGAACAAAUAUGGCUGCUUCACUCAACUGAGCUUCUUCAUAUUGUCACAGUUCAUCGCUGUCGCAUUACCAUAUGUGUGGUGUGUAGAGUAACUGGAUGCUGCUUCAUUCAGUGUCGUAAAAGCUAUUCUUUAUUAUCCUGAUGAACACAAAACAAGAAUGGGUGGAUGAGAGGAACUGUGCACUGUGUUCCAUUCAAAGUCGGAUGACGGAUGUUCUUACUUGAUAUCUUCUGACCAGUGUGCUACAAUGAUCAGUGCUCAAAAGAUGAUGUGCAAAAGUGCGGUAACAAUAGCGAGAUUUUUGGUGAAAAUUUGGACCAUUGUUAAUUGUCAGUAGUGCAGCGAUGUAUGAAGCACAACUCAUGCAAAAGUUGCUUUCAAACCAAGUAUAUUUCUGUUGGUCAGUGCAGUAAAAAACUUAAACCCGAUGAGAAAUCUGCAUGGGGAAAUCGUUCACCCUCAAGUGAAAUGACCAUUCACAUGGAUUCCUAUUGACACAUUGGUAAACGUGACCAGGCCUUCUGGCAACAAAUCAACAAAACUACAUUACAUUAGCAUUGCAUUUGUUCAGUGUUAACAAUGUACAAAUUGUGGGGGAAGAAUGGCACCUCACAAUGGGCAAUUUGGAAAUUCAAAUUCAAGUGAAGUUCCUUUGCACUUUCCCAAGUAGGAAGACGGAAAUCGCAACUCUUUCAGCUGAGUGAAACAUCAAUGUUGAAAUAUGUCAAAGAUUUCACCAACUGAUUUUGCUUUCUCCAAGAAGCUCUGCUGACACGUUCAUCUUCACCAGAAGUUGAUGAGGAGGCUCGGAAAAGAUGCCAAUAUUAAUCAAACAGCUGAUGAAUCAGACUUCCCAUAGACUUGCUGUGCAUUAACACAGGUGGAAGGACAUUACCUGUUCAGUUUAGUGUGUACUGUAGAUGUAAAGUAUGAAUGUGCUUUUUAUAUUUCCAAAGUGAAAUUGCCUUUUUUCUUUUUUCUUUGAAAGAGAGAAUGUUGUGGAAGAGAAGUGAAUUACUCAUGGAGCAACAUACAGGAGGCGGCAAGAACUUUGCCUAGAGUCAAACAGUUCGUGUCAAUUCUGCUUUGAACCCCAGUGUAGUGCUUACUUCCUCAAAAGGUUCUCCAGUGACUGAAAGAAAAAAAUACCUGACUAAUAGGAGCUAUCUGCAGCAGAUCCAAGUUAGUGAAAAAACUCCAGAGCUAUUUCAGUUCCAGCAUUCAUUCCUGACGUUUGGAUGGCAUUAGUGGCUCUACAUGUCCUGGUUUCGCUUCACGAACGUUUUUUAUUUUUUAUUUCCCCGCACGUACCUACAUGGUCUUGCUGUACUCCUAGACUUACCCUUUCUUUCACAAGGGUUUAGAUGAGUCACUUAUGUGUGUACAUAUAGUAUCUAUAUAUAGCAAACAUCGUAUCAUAAGGCUUUAUUUUUUGAAUUUCAGAUACUUUUAUUUUGUCAUGUUUUAUUUGUUUUGGUCAUACUUGCCUUGGCAUGUCUUGGGAUCCCGUAUAUUCUGGCCAUACUGUAAAAAACAAUCAUGUAUGUGUUGUAGAUAAACCAACUGACAAAACAAAAGAAAAGAAGAAGAGUGAAAGAUGGUAGAGAUUGUGAAUAUGAAUUUAUUUUAUGGUCCUUUUUAGGAGAGCUAGCUCUAGAGGAGGAGAUGUGAACUGUAAGUGUCUAUCUAUGCAUUCUUUUAGCUCUGAGGAAGAUUUGAGAGGAAAAAAAUGUCCUGGGACAAUUUAAGAAGAAAAACUGUACUAAACAGAAAUGAUAUUUUUUAUUUUAUUUAUUCUAUUUUAUAUCGGUAUAUACUGGUUGCAUUGUUAUGUAUCAUAAGCUUAGACAUUCUUUACCCUUAUACAACAAAUCAAACAAAUUUCAAUUCAAAUCACUGUACAGUUACUCUGGAGAGCUGUUUAUCUCAGACGCUGACUGCCAUGAUAACAUAAGAUGUAAAAGGCUUUGUACUAUCUGUACAUUCUGCCCAAACCAACAUUAGAUGUAGGUAUAGCUUCAGUCUGCUUUAGAAUACGCUAUAUGGACAAAAGCAUUUUAAACCUAACAAGUGGCUACAAGGUUGUAACCGGUGCAUAAAAUCAAUCUCAGACAAUCUCAUUUGGGACCCUUCACUUAAAAAUGUGUUUGAGACUUGAGAUGCAGUGCAGGAUUUGGUGAAAUUGGUGCCCAAUGCAGGGACUCAAAACACAUUUUUAAAAGUUUUAACAAGAUUUGUUUUUAAACAUGGCACCCAACAUAGGAUUUCAAAAGACAUGUUUUUU